AUGGGGCUCCUCACCUUGUUGAGGAAAUUGAAGCGUAACGACACGGAGCCACGGAUUCUUAUUCUUGGUUUGGACAAUGCUGGAAAGACGUCUAUUCUUCGCAGACUAUCGGAUGAGGAUCCAACCACUACCCAGACAACGCAAGGCUUUAAUAUCAAAUCAAUAAAUUGCGAGGGCUUUAAGCUCAAUAUGUGGGAUAUUGGUGGCCAAAAAGCGAUCCGUGUGUACUGGCCUAACUAUUUUGAUGAGGUGGAUUGCCUAAUAUACGUUGUUGACUCUGCUGACAGGCGCCGUUUGGAUGAGACUGCCGCGGAGCUUGAAAAUCUUCUUCAAGAAGAAAAGCUACGAGAGGUUCCCUUCCUUGUAUUCGCCAACAAGUGUGAUCUCGCAACUGCGCUCUCUCCCGAGGAUGUCAGCACAGCCUUGAGCCUUCAGAGCCUGCGCGAUCGUACAUGGUCUAUUCAGAAAUGCAGUGCCAAAACUGCGGAAGGUCUUCAUGAGGGCCUGGUAUGGGCAGUGAAGAAUCUUAAAAGGUAG